AUGUUGUUUUGGUUUAAGGCAAAGAAAUAUGUUACAUUGAAUGGUGUUGUAGUUCUUGCUGACAAUGUUGUAGAAGUUUCAGAAGAAGUCGUUGAUGAUAUCCAGGAAGAAGUCGUUGAUGAUAUCCAGGUUGAUGUUGAAAUAGCUGAGACAAGGCAUAUGGAUGAUAAUGCCAACCCUUAUAUUUUCAAGAAGAAUAUAGGUCAAGUUGAACUUGUUGAUGAUAACAUGGUUGAGAAUGAGGCUGAAGAGGAUGAUGUUGUUAGCAAAUUGCCAAAUAUUUUCAAUGGAGAACAACCAUGGAAGGAGUAG